UGAGAUGGAGGCCAACCCCGCGGCGGGUGGCGGGCCCGGUGGGCUGGCGGGUGAGGACGGUGUCCACUUCCAGAGCUACCCCUUCGACUUCCUCGAGUUCCUCAACCACCAGCGCUUCGAGCCGCUGGAGCUGUACAGCGAGCACGGCAAGACGGCCGUGCUGCCCUGCGCCGGCGCCCCGGGCCCGCCGCCUGCGCCACCACCGCCUGCGCCGCCACCGCAGUACGACUACGGGGGCCCGGCCGGCUUCAAGCCCAAGGCAGAGGCCGCCUCGUCCUCCGCCUCCUCCACCUCGUCCUCCUCGUCCUCCUCGUCGUCCUCGCAGGCCAAGAAGCCGGAUCCGCCACCACCGCCGCCCGCCUUCGGGGCGCCACCGCCACCACUCUUCGACGCCGCCUUCCCUGCCCCGCAGUGGGGUAUUGUCGACCUCUCUGGGCACCAGCACCUGUUCGGGAGCCUGAAGCGCGCAGCGCCGCUCCCGCCGCCUGCCACCGGCGGCGGCGAGGGCCCCUUCGCCUGCCCGCUGUGUUGGAAGGUGUUCAAGAAGCCCAGCCACCUGCACCAGCACCAGAUCAUCCACACCGGCGAGAAGCCCUUCUCCUGCUCUGCCUGCGGGAAGAGCUUCAACCGCCGCGAGAGCCUCAAGCGCCACGUGAAGACGCACUCUGCCGACCUGCUGCGCCUGCCCUGUGGCGUGUGUGGCAAGGCCUUCCGUGAUGCGGCCUACCUGCUCAAGCACCAGGCAGCGCACGCAGCCGGCGCGCGGCCCGCCUUCCCCUGCGACCUGUGCGGGAAGUCCUACUCGGCACCGCAGAGCCUGCUGCGGCACAAGGGCCCCGGUGGCCCCGGGAAGACCUUCUGCUGCGGCAUCUGCGGGCGCGGCUUCGGCCGCCGCGAGACGCUGAAGCGCCACGAGCGAAUCCAUACCGGUGAAAAGCCGCACCAGUGCCCAGUGUGUGGGAAGCGCUUCCGCGAGUCCUUCCACCUGAGCAAGCACCACGUGGUGCACACGCGCGAGCGGCCCUACAAGUGCGAGCUGUGCGGCAAGGUCUUCGGCUACCCGCAGAGUCUUACCCGCCACCGCCAGGUGCACCGCCUGCAGUUGCCCUGCGCCCUGGCAGGUGGCCCCACGGCGCCUGGGGCCUGCGGGCCGGGAGCCGCUGCCGCCGGCGCCCCAGCCGAAGCGCUGAGCUACGCGUGCUCAGACUGCGGCGAGCACUUCCCGGACCUGUUCCACGUGAUGAGCCACAAGGAGGCGCACAUGCCUGAGAAGCCCUAUGGCUGCGAUGCCUGUGGCAAAACCUUUGGCUUCAUCGAGAACCUCAUGUGGCACAAGCUGGUGCACCAGGCGGCCCCUGAGCGCCUGCUGGCCCCCGCUCCGGGCGGGCCCCAGGCUGCGGAUGGCCCCGCCGCGGGUUCUGAAGCGGGCGGCGCGCUGGACCACGGGCUGGCUGGGGAGGUGGGUGCGGCGGUGGCAGCGCUGGCCGGCGCCCCCGGGACGGAGGACACGAGCGGGCCUGCGGCGGCUGGCGGGGCCGGUGGGGCGGGGCCAGAGCGCUUCAGCUGCGCCACGUGCGGGCAGAGCUUCAAGCACUUCCUGGGCCUGGUUACGCACAAGUACGUGCACCUGGUGCGCCGGACGCUGGGCUGCGGGCUGUGCGGGCAGAGCUUCGCUGGCGCCUAUGACCUGCUCCUGCACCGCCGCAGCCACCGGCAGAAGCGCGGCUUCCGCUGCCCGGUGUGCGGGAAGCGCUUCUGGGAGGCGGCGCUGCUGAUGCGCCACCAACGCUGCCACACAGAGCAGCGGCCCUACCGCUGCGGCGUGUGCGGCCGCGGCUUCCUGCGCUCGUGGUACCUGCGCCAGCACCGCGUGGUGCACACCGGCGAGCGCGCAUUCAAGUGUGGCGUGUGCGCCAAGCGCUUCGCGCAGUCGUCCAGCCUGGCGGAGCACCGACGGUUGCACGCCGUGGCGCGCCCGCAGCGCUGCGGCGCCUGUGGGAAGACCUUCCGCUACCGCUCCAACUUGCUGGAGCACCAGCGGCUGCACCUGGGCGAGCGUGCCUACCGCUGCGAGCAUUGUGGCAAGGGCUUUUUCUACCUGAGCUCUGUGCUGCGUCACCAGCGUGCGCACGAGCCACCAAGGCCUGAGCUACGCUGCCCCGCCUGCCUCAAGGCCUUCAAGGACCCUGGCUACUUCCGCAAGCACCUGGCUGCCCACCAGGGCGGCCGGCCAUUCCGCUGCUCCUCCUGCGGGGAGGGCUUCGCCAACACCUACGGCCUGAAGAAGCACCGCCUGGUGCACAAGGCCGAGGGCCUCGGGGGGGCCGGGGCCGCGGCCACCGCCCUGCCCGGGAAGGACCCCUGACCGCCGUCAAGCCCCUUCUCCCCCCCUACCCCUUCUGCGCGCAGCUGCGGAUCGCUCCAGCCCCUCUUCCCGCCACCCCUCUGAACUUGAGGCCCCGCUCCACGGCCCUGGACGUUUCUUGACUUUUUCGCGUCCCAGUGGACACGCGCAUUCUCUCCCCAGCAGACCUGCUCCAGGUGAGUCUCCGCUACCCCCACCCCCCCAGUCCGGCUGGAUGGAGCAAGUCGCAGUUGGGAGGCCUGGGGUGGGGUCCGGGUGCUCUUGGAUUGGGGUGGGGGGUGGGUGCCAGACGAGGCUUGUACAGAGCAGAGAACAAUAAAUGUUAUUAACAUG